GGUUCCCAAAAUCUUAACAUUGAACUUGACCACAUAUAUUCAACAUUAUCAACGGUAUUUGAUUGUUACAUUUAUUUUUUAUUACAUUAAUUAAUUUCUUCCUUUUUGUUGCUAUACACCAUUAUCAAUUGACAUAUACAACUCUGUAGCCAUGUCAGUAUCGCCAGCACUUAUUCUGGCCAGAGAAUCUGCCACCGAUUCAGACUUCUCCGCCGCAGAAUCAAAAUAUCAAGCGAUUAUUAAAUCCCCACAAGAAGCUGGAGUUCCAGAAAACAAGACUCUUCAGGAACAAGAGGCAGCUAUCUUGGAACUCGGUAAGAUUUACCAAAAGCAACAGGCCAAGGAAAAGAUUAGCGCUCUUAUUAGUGAAUCUAAAACUGUUUUAGGAACUUUUGCAAAGUCUAAAACUGCUAAAAUCAUCAAAACUCUUAUUGAAUAUAUUGAUGGUAUCCCAGACUCGGUGGAUCUUUCCAUAAAGACCACCAAGGAGUGUAUCGAAUGGGCAAUUGAAUCUAAAUUGAACUUUUUAAAACAAUCAUUACAAUUGAAACUUGCUUCCUUGCUUCAUCAAAAGCACCAAUAUAAGGAGGCUCUUAGAAUCAUCACUGAUCUUUUGAGUGAAUACAAGAAAUUGGAUGAUAAGUCAUCCUUGGUUGAAGUUCAACUCCUCGAAUCCCAAAUAUACCAUGCUUUGAGAAACAUCCCAAAGUCUCGUGCUGCCCUCACUAGUGCAAGAACUUCUGCCAAUGCCAUUUAUUGUCCUACUUUGUUACAAGCCGAAUUAGAUUGUCAAAGUGGUAUACUUAAUGCUGAAGACAAGGACUAUAAGACUGCCUUCUCGUACUUUUAUGAAUCGUUUGAAGGAUUUAAUUCUCAAGAAGAUCAUAGGGCCAUUGUUGUUUUAAAGUACAUGCUUCUUACCAAGAUCAUGUUGAACCUCGUAGACGAUGUCAACAAUAUCUUGGGCCAUAAGAAUGUCGUCAAGUAUCAAUCUAGAGAUAUUGACGCCAUGAAGUCCAUAGCAACAGCCUAUUCUAACAGAUCCUUGAAAGAUUUUGAAGGCUCUCUUGUUACCUAUGCUGAUGAAUUGAAAUCCGAUUCAAUCAUUAAGAGUCAUUUCAAUGCUUUAUAUGAUAACUUGCUCGAACAAAAUUUGUUGAAGAUUAUUGAAUCUUACAGUACCGUUGAAUUGAGUCACAUUUCCAAGACCAUUGGUUUAAGUUUGAAUCAAGUUGAAGGGAAGUUGUCCCAAAUGAUCUUAGACAAGGUAUUUUACGGGGUUCUUGACCAAGGUAAUGGUUGGUUGAUUGUCUAUGAUAAACCAAGAAAGGAUGCCACUUACGAAGCUUCUUUAGAUUUGGUUAAGCACUUGUCAAGUGUUGUAGAUUUAUUAUACGAAAAGGCAUCUUCUCUUAAUUAGAAAUAUUAAUAAACAAAAAGUUGAAAUAGAAUGAAAAAGGGCGAAAGCACGAUGUAAAUAUGAUUUAAUUAUUAUAUAUGUAGAACUAUCUAUUAAUAUGUCAUCUU